UCUCCCUCCUCCUCUUCCUCUCCCUCGCUCCCGGCCAGCCGCCUUUCCUCGGAGGGGCGAGACGAGCGCAGAGCCCGCAGGCCCCUCCGGCCGCAAGCGAUGGGCGACAUCCCCGGCCUCGUGAAAAUCAGCGUCUCGCUCAAAAUCCAGCCCAACGACGGGGCCGUCUAUUUCAAGGUGGACGGGCAGCGCUUCGGUCAGAACCGCACCAUCAAGCUGCUGACAGGGGCCAAGUACAAGAUCGAGGUGUCCCUCCGACCCGGCACCGUCCAGGCCACGACCAUGGGCAUCGGCGGUGUUAAUGUCCCACUGGAAGAAAAAUCACGGGAUGCACAAGUGGCCUCUUACACAGGGAUCUACGACACAGAAGGGGUGCCCCACACCAAAAGUGGGGAGAGACAGCCCAUCCAAGUCAACAUGCAGUUUAAUGACAUUGGCGUUUUUGAGACAGUCUGGCAAGUCAAAUUCUACAACUACCACAAACGGGAUCAUUGCCAAUGGGGAAACAGCUUUGGCAGUAUUGAGUACGAAUGCAAACCAAACGAAACACGCAGUCUCAUGUGGAUCAAUAAAGAGACCUUCCACUGAAGAGAUGGGAAACCAAUACUGCUGGACAAUCUCCCUAAAGAAAAAUCUACCUUUUUAAACCAGCAAGAAGCCUUAACAAAGGCAUACUGUAACACUGCUUUGUCCAUAAGGUUCCAGCAACUACAUUGUAUAUACAGGUGGUGCCACUAAAAUGUUUGCCUAUUACUGUAUUUUAAGUUUACCAUGGCAUCUGCAACAUUCUUUAUCUGUCACCCUGAGAAUACUGAAAGGUUCAUGGUAAAGGAUUAUCUGAUAGCUUGGUAGGAAGUCAUAUCAUAAUACUGUUGUAAGUAUUUGGAUUAUUCUGACUAGAUGUAAUAACUUUUGUGAAGUGUUUUGCUUCAUUGCUUAGAAUUUGGAUUAACAUCACAUUGGUGAUUUCUGUAUUUACAUUUGUGUUUGCUCCAAAAUCA